CACAGCGAAGGCGGAAGGGACUAAGGGCUAUGCCAGAGCCCAGGGGUAGGAAAGAGAUGGACUGAAAGGUCAGCUUUGAUCCAAGGAGCUUUCUCAGUGGCUAACAGCAGCCUGAGAUUUGCAGUGUCCGACAGGGAAAACAUGUCUCACCAGGUUAACAACUUCUAACCCACUCAAAUAAGUGAGGAACAACUGUCAGCCUGCUCAAGGAAGGGUAAAGACUUGUUCCAUCUACUCGUGUGUGUCGGUAGGAGAGAGAGAGAGAGCGCUCACUGCUUGCCUUGUGAAAGGGACAAGUUACGAGUGUGCUACAACAACCAGCCUACCCAAGCGAUCGAAGUGAGUUGCCAGGUAGUAAAACAGUUGGAAACUUGGUGAAGCAAGAAAAGACCGAGAGAUAAUUCAAUGGAGGUGAUGGACAAAUGUUACCAUGCUUGAAAGCCUGAAGCAAAUUGGAGAGAACCGAGAUCUGGGCUGUCGAUCCAGCUGCUUGAAGUGUCAGGUUUGAAUGCAUACUAACUCGGAGCAAUUGAAUAUGCUGCCUGCUGCAGUAAGGAAAUGGCUGCACAAACCUAAAAGGUCCAACCCACAUCCAGUGGCUCAAUUCUUCUAUGCAGAUAAGGAAGUAACCCAAGUGAUGAUGGAGCUGAAUAACGUCAAUCUUCACAAUGACCCCCAACAAUAUAUGGUACAACUAAAUAAUCUUCGGGCCAGACAGGACCACAUGCUGCAGAUAAUUAACCAGAUAAUGGAUGAUUGUAUUCCCAACGAACGCUCAAAUAGAGAUUUCCGUGUCAAAUUUCCAGAUGAAGUUUUACAGGAACAGCUCGGAGUACAACUGUGGUUUGCUGCUGAGUGUUUGGUCGCUGGUUCUCUCAUUGAUGUACAUGAAUCUGAAAUGCUUGUAUUGCACCCUCUGGCAGAGGACCUGCUGCACAGUCUAGAGGAAGUACGCUACCUACUCCGGGAGCAGAGUCUUUCUGACUACACCAUUUAUACUGAUGACAUCAAAGCAGCCCUUGUUCGGUUUGACAGGCUCUUUGCUGAGUUUGAGUUAAGCUAUGUUGCUGCAGUGGUUCCCAUCAAAUCUCCUGAAGAACUCUACAAUCAGCAGCAGAUUAUUGUACUGUUCUGUGAAACAAUAGAUAGGGCAUUGAAGCUGGGGUACUUGACACAAGAUAUGAUUGAUGGUUUAGAGCCUGAACUGAUGUUUACUAUUCCACGCCUUGCUAUCAUUUGUGGUCUGAGGAUUUAUCCAGAAGGACCCCUCAAUCUACAGCAGCAGCCCAAUGACAUGUCUCUGCUUUUUAAACCAUUCUACACCCUCCUGCAAAAAAUAAGAGAUUUGCUUUAUGUCCUCACAGAUGAAGAACUCUCUUUCUUAGAGAAGAGCCUAUGUGCUGUAGAAGCUGAGGAUUUCUUCAGUGCCAGUACUAUGCUGCCCAGCCUUUCAUCUCUUCACAACAGCAUGAAUAAUGAGGGUCUUGAAGAGUCCACGUAUACCAACGGGGUUUCUCCUGUUCCACAAGAUUCCGAGAAACUCGACCAGUUGAAGUCAAUUGUCCACCAAGCACCCAGUGAAGUAUAUUCGCCUCAGUCCAACCCCAAUCUGGCUCAAUUCAUUCCAAACGAUGUAACAGAAGCUUCCAAAGAACCUAAUCUUCAACUUGAGACUGAAAAUGAAUUGUGGGGAGAAGGGUUUGGGCAAGGCACUAUUGGCAGCAGACUGGAGAAUGCACCAAAACAAGAGGCAGCAGCCCUGGACUAUCAGCCGGAGUCCUCUUUAUCUGCUUCUGCUUCUGCUGUCUGCUUGACUCAUUCCAAUAUCAUUCAGCACUUCACUGUGACAGGAAAUAGUCUUGCCUCAGAAAAUGACCAUUCACAGUUAGCAGGGCUUGAAGCAACAGGAAUAUCCACAUUUCAUGUCACUCCAGUUCACUAUUUUACUGAUUCUCCAGAUACAAGCUCUGUGCCAACUACUUCUGAGCAGGAUUAUGUUGGCCAUUCAGUAAACACUGUGAAACAAAAAGCUGUUCUGAGCACAUAUCCCAGUAGAGAGCAUAUGGAAGGGAUUGAGAAACACAACGAAAUGGUGAACACCAGCCAUGACAUGUCAAAGCAGUACAGUUAUAAUGGAAGAGCCCCAAGUACUCCUGUGGUGCCCGAAGAGCCGCAUUUCAGUAAUUUAAAUACGUUAGAGCGAGAGGAUGGAUCUCGAGUUGUGGAUCAUGAAGCAGUUAAGCAGGCAGUGUGCACAGCGAGAGCAACAGCCAGAGAGGAGCUUCGGUCAAGGUAUCGCAGCCGCAGUGACAUGCUUCAUCGGCUCUUCGUUUGUAUCUCAGGUGUAGCAGACCAACUUCAGACCAACUUCGCAGGAGACCUGCGGCGGAUCUUAAAGACAGUCUUUGACAUUGCAACAUCAACACCAGAAAAGAAUAUGGAUGCUCUAGAAGAGGAAACAGAGGAAGAUCACGUUUGUAUGGAGUCUACAUUAGAAGAUUGCUCGCUGUGUCAGGAAUCUCAUUCCUAUGCUUCGAGAGCUUCCAAUUUCAACAAUACCAAAUUAGAAGUGCCCCCAGAGUGGAUUGCAGAUUCUGCCUGUAACCAAUGCACAUCUUGUAAAGCCCCAUUUACAAUUGUCAGGAGGCGGCACCACUGCAGGAACUGUGGGAAGAUCUUUUGUUCCCGCUGUUCUUCCCAAUCAGCACCACUACCUUGGUAUGGACACAUGAAGCCAGUCCGUGUCUGCGCACACUGUUACACGUUUCACCUGAGUCCCUGCUACUCCGGUACAUCUACGUGUUAACCUGAAGUCCAAGACCAGUGAGUGUCCACAGACAUGCAAGGAGACCAGUAGAACAAGCCAAUGAUAAUGAUUGAUGUUGGGAAUUUGAUUCCUAGGAUAACCAUCUUCACAAUUACCAUGACUGUACAAAAUCCAAAAGUCCCUCGUCCAGCUCUGUAGUCCUAUUUCAAUAUAUUAACUCUGAUCCGAAUGCAAAUCUAUAAAGAACAACCAUUUAUUGUGUAUUAUUUAUGCAUCACCAUCUAAUCUAAAAGAUGUACUUGGUAACUCAAGUUUAUUUUAAUGAUAACUGCAUCCAUGAUUCCUUCAGAUUGGAUAAAGGUAAUCAGCAAUGUUUUUGUAUGGUUUUACAGUAGGGGUUAUCAGAUUUUAAAUUUUGUAAUUUUUACUAAUGUAAUUUGCUUCUGUAAAUUGCUCACAAGGAUCUAAGGAAUUGAAAUACAUGUAAUAUAUGAACAGUAUCAAAGCUGAGAAACAGGGGUAAAAUUUUGAAGGUUCCAGGGCACAUUUGAUACUUUUAUACUGCAGCCUGUAAUACUAAUCAUCUGGAUAGACCAGUUUAUUGCCAUUCUACUGAAGAAAUCUGGACUGCUCAACUCUAGCAAACUGCUUUAGAAUUAUGUACUACAAAAGCUGGCAUUUGGAGAACAAAAAUGUUGAUACUCCAAAAAAGUUUGUGUGUGACUCUUCAGGAUUAAUAUCAUCAUGGAACAAAAAUCAGUUUGAUGUCUGAAGAAGUGGCCCCAACAUCUUGGUUAUAAUUGUAGGAAGCAGUGUUGAAGCUUAUGUUGGUUAAUGACGUAAUUGCACAAAGUUGUUGCUGCUCUUAUGGAAUUUCAUAAAUUUCAGUAACCUAGUUUUGGAAAUUAAUGGAAUGCUAAGUUUUGACUCCUAGCAUCUGCUUAUUGAAGUCACAAGGAAAUGGUAGACGGUUUGAACUCCUUUUGCUCAUAAUUUCACUUGGAAUUGGUUAGCACAUAGUUCAGGAAAUAUGGUAAUUGUUUUGUUUGUGUAUCACUAAAUGUAUAUGUUUCCAGUAAAAUACCCAUAACCAGCUCAUAAUUUCAGCCUCUGUUGAAAUAAUUAUCACUUUUUUUUUGUCAAGUAUAGUUUCUUCAAUGUUUUAAUUGAUAGUUGGGGAAUGGUAUUUACAUUCUAUUUAUGAAUAGAUGCAAACAUAACAAAGAUCUUGGGUUAUAUAUUGUCAUGGUUUAUGAGCUAGUUAGCAGUAUUUUUGAAAGCUUGCCCAUUUUUCUAAAGUGAAAUAGAGGCUGAAUCUGACUCAAACCUUAAGUUUAGAAAUCUGUGUUGAACACAUUGCUGAACAACAUUUUCCUUAGCUUAUACUCUUCAAUGAUGUUUCGGAUCAUUGACUCAUCUAAUAUUUAUGCCCAAUCUAAUAUUUGUGUCCUCCUGUACCAUGUAGCAAAAAGCAAAACCAUGCUGUAUUAACAUUGGAAUUAUAUUUGCAGCACACGGAUGUUUCUUGAAGUACAGAUUGUGGCUUUUGUUUGGUACUCUGUCGUGUAUGCUGAUGUUUGUUUUACAGGAAAAAAUGCACUUUCAUACAAAUGACAAAAUGGAUAUUCUGCAUGAAAAGUCCAUGGAAAUUCUGCGCCUAAAUCCUUGGAAGCUAUCACUUAGGAGUCCUUCAGAUAAUGAAAAUUUACUAAAUUGCAAUUAAAUGUUCUCACAAAACAAAUUUAAAUUGACUUAAAGCUGUGAUUGGCAUGUAAUCUUCAGACUUCUUUUGAAGCCAAACACAUUCCCCAUUGUCUUGUCUAGAUUUCUUACUUAGUCCAAUUGGAACAGGUCUUAAAUUAACAUGUUGAGUUUUAUAAAGGAAGGUAAUGCAAUUUCCUAUCAUCUUCUGAAAAAUGCCAGCUCUGAGAUGGUGUAAUCUGUCGGUUGAGGGAACACCCUAUUGUUUACCUCCCUUCAACUUCACUGAUCUUUGCACUUCAUUUGGAGAUGACUAUAUUUGCGGUUACGUUGGUUGAUCAUCUUCUGAAUAAUUAUUAAGUUAUACUGUUAUGUAUCUUAAAUAUAAUAUCUUGCACAAUAAACUGAAUGGGUUACAAGAGAA